GUGUCCGUGACUGCGUCACUUCCUUUCUGUCUACAAGGAGCGUGGUAAAGAUGGCGGAGCCAAACUCUGUACCGAGUGAUCUUUAUAAAUGUGUUUAUUCGUUCCUGUUGGAGAACAAGUUCACCAAGGCAGCUCAGGAGUUCCUAAAGCAGACUAAAGUUAAUCCACAAGAUCAAAAUGAAGAAAGUCUCGUCAACAUCUACAGCUUCUGGGUGAAGUCUCCUGAAGCCAAGAAACGAAAAGCAGCUCCUAAUGAUCCGGGGUCUGUUAAUGGGCCAUCAGCCAAGAAAGCCAGACCCAGUGCAGAAAGCUCUAGCAGUGAGGACUCAAGCGACUCUGAGGAGGAGAAGACUCCUGCAAAGGCUCCUGUUAAGGCUGCUGCUGCAGCUGCUGGCAGCACAAGGAAGAAGGACAGCAGCUCCAGCAGCGAAGAGUCGGACUCUGAAGAUGAGCAGCCUACCAAAGCUCCUGCUGCCAAAGGCGUGACUGCAGCCAAAGCAGCGGUUUCUGCUAAAGGAGCAGCUCAGAAGAAGCAGGAGAGCAGCAGUGAAGAUAGCUCUUCUGAUUCUGAAGAUGAGCCACCAGCAAAGGCUCCCGCUAAGCCUGCUCCAGUAAAGAAGGCUGCAGCUCCUGCUGAAUCCAGCAGUGAAGACUCAUCUUCAUCUGAGGAUGAAGCUCCGCCAAGCAAGAAACCCAAAGCAGGGGCAUACAGCGCCGUCCCUCCUCCUGCUUCCAUCCAUAAGGCUCCUGCUGCAGCGGCCGCCAGCAAAGCCAAGGCAAGUGAGUCCUCAGACAGCAGCGACAACAGCAGUGAUGAGGAAAAGAAGGUGGCUGAAAAACCUGCUCCUGUAAAGAAGACCAGUGCAAAACCUGCAGCGACCAAACCUCAGGCAAAAAAGGAAGAAUCCAGCUCGGAGAGCUCUGAUUCAAGUUCUGAUGACGAUGAACCAAAGAAGCCUGUAGCUAAAGCUGCCCCAGCUAAAGCUACUCCGGCUAAAGCUACUCCGGCUAAAGCUACUCCGGCUAAAGCUACUCCGGCUAAAGCUGCUCCGGCUACAACAGAGGACUCUGAGGAGGACUCGAGCUCAGAGGAAGAGCAGCAGGUGAAGAAAAAAGCUGCAGCAAAGGCGCCUCCUGCCAAGCCUGCGCCUGCUAAAACCUCUGCACCAGUUACUCCCGCUAAGGAGGAGGACUCCUCCUCCUCAGAGGACUCCAGCUCAGAGGAGGAACAGAAGACGGUUAAAAAACCAGUAGCCAAAGUUGUUCCUGCAAAAACUGUCACUACAAAAAAAGAUGAGACCUCCAGCUCAGAAAGCAGCUCUGAAGAUGAGGCUCCACCAAAACCACCCACUAAAGCUGCGACUCCAAAAGCCACCACUGCUGCUUCUAAACUUCCAGCCAAGGCAGCAGAGAGCAGCUCAGACUCUGACUCCUCUGAAGAUGAAGAGCCUGCAAAAACCAAACCAACAACCCCUAAAGUGGGUACGCCGGCUUCAAAAUCUGCAGCGAAGGCCUCUGCUGCGGCAGAGAGCAGCUUAGACUCGUCGUCAGAAAACGAAGAAGAGCAAACCAAGUCAAAGCCAACAGCAGGAAAAGCUACUCCAGCCUCAAAGCCUGUUAAAACUGCAGUGAAACCUGCAGCAGCAGCGGAGAGCAGUUCUGACUCUGAUUCAUCUUCUGAAGAAGAAGCGGCCAAACCCAAACCUGCAGUGACUAAAGCAGCUACUCCAGCUUCAAAGGCUGCAGCUAAAACAGCAGCUGGAUCAUCAAAGCCAGCUGCUGCAAAACCUGCAGCAUCAGAGAGCAGUUCUGAUUCUGAAGAUGAACCAGCAGUCAAACCCAAACCGGUAACUAAAGCGACUACCCCUGCGUCAAAGCCUGCCACACCCACAGCGAAGGCUUCUACUCCAGCCUCAAAGCCUGUUAAAACUGCAGCAAAGCCUGCAGCAGCAUCAGAGAGCAGUUCUGACUCUGAUUCAUCUUCUGAAGAUGAAGAAGCAGCCAAACCCAAACCUGCAGUCACUAAAGCAGCGACCCCAUCUUCAAAGCCUGCCACACCCACAGCGAAGGCUUCUACUCCAGCCUCAAAGCCUGUUAAAACUGCAGCAAAGCCUGCAGCAGCAUCAGAGAGCAGUUCUGACUCUGAUUCAUCUUCUGAAGAUGAAGAAGCAGCCAAACCCAAACCUGCAGCUACCCCAGCAUCGAAGCCUGCCACACCCACAGCAAAGGCUUCUACUCCAGCCUCAAAGCCUGUUAAAACUGCAGCAAAGCCUGCAGCAGCAUCAGAGAGCAGUUCUGACUCUGAUUCAUCUUCUGAAGACGAGAAAGCAGCCAAACCCAAACCUGCAGUCACUAAAGCAGCGACCCCAUCUUCAAAGCCUGCCACACCCACAGCAAAGGCUACUACUCCAGCCUCAAAGCCUGUUAAAACUGCAGCAAAACCUGCAGCAGCAUCAGAGAGCAGUUCUGACUCCGACUCCUCAUCUGAAGAUGAGGAAGCAGCUAAACCCAAAUCUGCAGUCACUACUCCAGCUUCAAAGGCUGCAGCUAAAGUGGCUGGAGCCUCAAAGGCUGUUACACCUGCUAAAACAAAAAGCAGCUCUGAAUCUGAGAGCUCAGAGGAUGAAUCAGCCAAGCCUGCAGCCAAGAAACCGAGCCCAGCUGCUAAAGGUUCAAGCAAAGCUACUGCAGGAAAAAAAGCAAAGGAGAGCAGCUCUGACUCCUCAGAUAGCUCUGACUCUGAAGAUGAGGCCCCGCCUGCUAAACCUGCAGUCUCCAACGGCAAAGCAGCAACUCCUAAGAGCACAACAGCAGCAAAGGUGGCAGGUAAGCCUGCCGAGUCCUCAUCCAGUGAGAGCAGCUCUGAAGAGGAGGAAGCCAGCAAAGUUAAACCUGCAGCAGCAAAGAGUAAGACGACCCCAGCAGCUAAAAGCAAAGAGAGUAGCAGCUCAUCAGACAGUUCAUCGGAGGAGGAGGAGGAAGCUCCACGUAAAGCAGCCACUGCACCCAACACACCCACAGCUAACUAUACAAAUGGAAAGAGAAAGCGCAGCGAAGAGUCAUCAGAGAGCGAAGAGGAUAAAAAGACUCCAAAAAACAAGAAAGUGACCACAACGCCACAGACUUUCCCAAAAGCCAAUAAGAAGUCCAACGUACCCUUCCGUAGAAUAGUGGAGGAGCACGUAGAGGUUGAUCCCCGACUGGCAGAUAACUCAUUUGAAGCUAAGCGUGGAGCCAACGGAGACUGGGGACAGAAAGCUAACGAGACGCUAAAGUUCACCAAAGGAAAGUCCUUCCGCCACGAAAAGACGAAAAAGAAGAGAGGGAGCUACCGGGGCGGAGCCAUUUCCACCACAAUCAACUCUAUCAAGUUUGAAAGUGACUGAUCCCCUCCUGAUCCCAGUGAAACUGUGAACAGGACUCUGAUUUGGUCCUCCUGGGAACCAUCUGUCACCGCCACGUCUGAGGCACUUCACCUGAGCGAGGAGUCUAGCUGGCACUUUGAUUUAUUUUCCUACCUUUAGGCAACAUUUGAUCAGAUUUAAGGUGACGGAAAUCUUAUCAAUGAUGCAGAUGUUCCCAGCUGUGUCAUCAAGACUGCACAGUUCAUUUGUAUGAUGUUACUACUUAUGGCCACUAGGUGGCUGCAGGCCACCAGUUGAUAAAAUGGAGCCAAUGUUUGUCAUCUCUGGUUAAUUAACCUGUCCCUUCAUCCUAUAAACAUCCCGUCAUUUUCUUUAUGUAGGUUAAUUUGUCAGUUAGCUCGUGGUGAAUGACAGCCAUCCAACCUAACAAACUCAUUGUUUGGAGAAAAGACUGUAAUGAUCUUUUUUUUUUUUUUCCUUCCUCUUUGUUUAAAAUGGAUCUGAGGUAGCGUUCAAUUUUAUUUCUGAGUUUGAGAGGGGAAUAUUUGGGCUUUUUUUCUCUUACAAUCACAUUAAACAUUAAAGUUUUAUAAGGUAUUUAUAGUCAAGUUUUAUUCCAUUUGGAUUAUCAGGACCAUUGACGUCUGCUCCAUAUUUUCUAAAGGAAAAUUUGCUUUGAUCCUGUUUUGAUGCAAGGACGCCCAUGUUAACCCCUCCCUGUUCUGUUCAUCAGUGAUAAUGGAGCCAUAUUUGUUUCAGUUUCCAUGUACUGUAUGAGAAUGUACGUACCACGAAUUUUUUUUAUUCUAUCUUUAAAUAAAACCCUAGAAUAAA